AUGGAGACGGGUGGUUUCCAUGGACGGGGCUUCUCUGCCGGGUCUGAUCCGGACGACUCUUCGUAUCACGAAACCUCAUCGACCACCACCAACAACACCAUCACCCCAACCUCCUCAACUCGGCGCUACUCGGUUGCGGGUGUGAUCCGCUCCUUGUUUCACGCUGUUCUCGUCCAGGACACCGAGCACCUCGAUCAUGUCCUCUCCAGCCUCUCACUCGAUCCCAACAGGAUCCGCAACAAGGAGCACAAAACGAUGCUGAUGGUCGCUGCAACGGACAAUAAACAUCGUGUUCUACGAUACCUUUUGGCACUACCCUCGAUCGACGUCGACCUCCAAGAUGACGAGGGCGAGACAGCCCUCUACCAAGCCGCUGCGGCUGGCUCAACCGAGUGCGCGCAGCUUCUCCUGUUGGCAGGUGCAUCGGCAAGCCUAGGCAACGAGGAAGCGAUCACGCCCCUGAUCAUCGCUUCUUACAAUGGGUUCUUGACGAUAUGUCGACUGCUCAUCUCCAUCGGACACGCCAAUGUCAACCAGCAAGACAACACUCGAAAAUCUGCACUCCUCCUCGCCUCCUACGCUGGGCAUAUCGAUGUCAUGGCCCUACUUAUCGAGCAGGGCGCCUCAUUGAACAUUUUGGAUCAAUACGGCUGGUCUUCCUUGAUGCUUGCAGCCUAUGCCGGCAAGCUGGACGCAUGCAAGCUGCUACUCACCCAAGGAGCCGAUCCUCAUAUCAAGACGGCCAACGGGAAGAACGCGCGUAGUCUCUCGUGGGAUGCUGGCCACAAGUCGAUUGCUGUCUAUAUCACAAGGCGUAUCUCACGAGAAGGCAGCAGUGGCGGAGGCGCGAGCUCUAUUAUGUCGACCACAUCCGGACCAGGGUCGAGUAUGAGUACACGGACGUUAAUCCAGCAAAUGUUGCCACCAACACCUCGAUCACCGUCUCGGAGGACACAUUCACCAGCACCUUCAUUACCAUCUGUGCCAGAGGAAGCACAGGAGGAGGAUCACUACAGGCCACGACGUUCGUUCUCGGGAUACAACAGCACCAUUUCUCGUCACUCUGGACUCUCUUCGCGAUUGAGCGCACCACUCAAAGCCCGUCGUCACCAGUCUCUUCCAGCAGUACCUGUUCCACUCCAGCCGUCCGAUACUGCACCUUCGCUACCACCUCUCCCUACGAUCGGACAAGAUCUCUCUGCCAUUUUCAUUGAGCCCAAGGACAACCUGCCCAAUUCUAUACUUGAGGCUAGCCCGGCUGACGAAGCAGCAGCACCAUCCAACAUCCAGGACCAGCACGAUCACGUCGAGGAACCAACCCCUACAUCACUGGCAGUCAAAGAGCCCGCUAUUUCCGAGAAAUCUCGACCACGGAUACCAUGGCGGGCGUCAACAACAGCACGGAUCUACAGCAUGCACAGGAGAGGCCUCAUUCCACGAUAUGGCACCAAGCACGUCCGUUACUACACCGAGAGCAGCCUCGAAAACACUGAUCCCAUCAUCAAUCGGUCUGGCUCCAACUAUCAUCAGCGACGCGUGCGACUUCAGAAGAGAUCCAGCAACAGUCUCGCGGAACGAGCUAAAGAGAAGGACAUGGAGAGCGACAUCAAUCGGCGGAUACGAGAGCAUAUGCAACUGAUCGAGCGCAACCGCAACCACAUCUGGGUUACCCUCUCCAACCUAUGGACGGCAUGUUGUCCGGCAAAGGUGUUAUCAAAGUCCUGGAGCGCGGAUAGGCAGCAAGAUUGGCGCGAGAAAGUCACCCUUUCCUCUCUGAUCACUGGUCUCACUAUCCUCUUUGGAUUCCUCGCGUUUGGAUUGGCCCUUUUGACGUGUAGGCCGCACUCGAGGGAAGUUCUCUCGACAUCGGAAUUUGCCACGCGGUACGGAAGCAAUUCUGAGAAUCCCAGUCGUUUGGCGACAAUACGAGGCGUUGUUUAUGAUGUGGAUUCGUUCUUUGCACAGGGAUCUCAUCCGUCACCAGCAUCAGGAGGCGCAACAUCUGCAGCAAUCAACUCGUACUUAACCGCACACUAUGGAGAUGAUAUGUCAGUAUUGUUCCCACCUCCGGAUCUGUCAGACACCUGUCACCUUUUUGGAUCAAUCACCAACUUUGGAAAAUGCUCAGUCAACAGCACAGCGGUCAACCACUGCCACUCGUUCGCCCCGUCUUCCAACGGCAUGCUGCGCCAGUUCGAGAGGAGCGAUGUGGUGAUCACAUACCACUGGACCGACAUUGCAGAUUCGACGUCACGGAAUCUAUUUGUCUAUGAUGGAUCAGUAUUUGAUGCUACCGACUACUUGGCUCAGGUACCCGGUCCCACAAUAAGCGCGCUUGAGAUCUCUCGGAUGUACUGGAUCAAGAGCCUCAUCGGCCGGGAUGCAACACUCGCUGUCCGGAAACAAGCCAACUACAAGGACAUUGCUCGCUGCUUCCAAGGCUUCUUCAAGGUCGGCGUGCUUUCUGGCGAACCAGCCGGUGGAUGCUUGGCAUCGCUUGUCAUCAACACGUUUUCGCUGGCGAUUCUCUUUUUGAUCACCUUCAUGCGUCUGGGCUCUGCAUUGGUCUACUGGUUUGUCUUUUCGCAGUCCACCAGGACAGAGUCUGGCAAAGGAUCUUCUGGCUCGACUACUGGAGCCACCAGCAACAAGAACAACAACAGCGCUGACAGCGGCGACAGUAUUGAUACCGAGAAUCACGUCCUCAUGCUGGUGACCUGUCAGGCCACGGAUCAAGAUGACCAAAUCAGGAGCACGCUGGAUUCCCUCGCCUUGGCCGACCACGACGACGGCCGCAAGCUUCUCUUGGUCAUGGCAGACGCUACCUGGGGUGCUGACGGGAAGCGUUCUCAGGCGUCACUAGCCUGCCUGCGUCUAAUGCAACCAUCGACGCCCAUCGAGUCGGAAAAACUGCCCCUGUCGUCGCUCUCAAACGAUCCAUUCUCAGAGGAUAUCUACUCUGGCUACUAUGUGGUUGAUUCCCGUCGGAUCCCCUAUGUCCUUGUCCUCCGCGCCCCAGACCAAGACCUAGUUCAAGAGGAGUAUGCGACCUGGUGGAAAAAGAAGUUGAUAUUGAGAUGGCUCUAUCGCGUCUGCUUCAACGAACCUAUGUCGUCCUUUGAGUAUGCGUUGUUUGAGCGAGUGCGGUGGUUGAUGGGUGGUGGGAGCGGACCGGACGUCUUUGACAUGCUGCUUGUGGCAGAGGCUGGGAUCGAGUGUGACCGCCACAGCCUGAGUCGAAUGGUUGGUACCCUGAGGAGAAACGAGAAAGUCAUGGGUGUCUGUGCUCAGCGAGUCAUCUCCAACGCCACCGAGAACUGGUUGGCGAGAGUGCAGGACUAUGAGAACCACUUGUCGUCUCAGUUCACUAGUGCUUUUGAGUCCACCUUGAGUGCUGUCCAAUGUCUGCCAAGUCGCUUCUCGCUGGUGCGGAUCAAGCUCCGGUGCCACCAAGGGUCUCAUUAUCCAGGCCCUGUCAAGCUUGACAAACGCAACUCAGAUGAAACGUCCGCCUUUUCCGACACAGACGAUGAUGACAAGAUCCUGGCUGAGGUGAAAGGGGAGGAAGGGCGAGACGUUGAGUUUGGUGAAGCUGAUGGCAAUGUCGACGGAGGAGCAGCAGAGGGUCACCAGGACAGCACUAAGCGGAUCAAGCGACAGCGGUUGCUCAAGAAGAUAAUGGCUUCCGAGGAUGUCCAGUACUCGAUCCCCAUCCUAGUCCACCCUGAUGUGAUCUCCUGCUUUGUAGGCAAUAAGGCUCGCACUCUGCAUGAGCGGAGCCUCCUUCUCCAGGGAGCUGAGGACCGGUACCUGACAGGCCUGUUGCACCAGACCUUCCCCGACCGUCGCAUCGUCUAUGUCCCUCAAGCGGUCUAUCGUUCGAGAGUAACGCCUGAUCUGCAAUCCUUCCUUCAGGAACAAGGUCGUUUGCUGGCAAGCUCCUUCCACGCUCUUUGGCGCCAGAUCUGGAUCUCGGAAUUGCGAGCUUUGGCCCUCUAUGUUUGUUUCCACUCAACUGAAGCCAUUGGGGUGUCGUCUGCAGAAAAUGGGAUGGACACGCCGAGAAAGUCGGAGCGCAGACUUCGACACUGGGCAGAAUGGCAUACGAUGCGUCAUAGAAGCAAGGUUCAGAGUCAGAGUCCAAGUCGGAAUCAGAGUCCUAGCCAGAGUCUUCGCCGGCACAAGAGUCUCUCACGCGUUGGUGGUGCUAGUAGUGGCAGCGGCGUUGGGUCACCCGGGUCCCCGUCGAUGCUGUCCUUGGAGAAAUGGACAGAGGUCUUUGAGGACCCUAACCUGAGUCUUGACUCUCUCAAGGCUCGUGCUCUUUCACAACACUCGAACAUGGGUAUCGAUGGCAUUCGUUCUGUCUGCUGGAAGGUGUAUUUGGGCUGCAUACCCACACUCGAGAUUUCAACAUGGCCGUUUGCGAUGACGACGGAGCGUGAGCGAUAUGUUGAGCUUCGACGAAAGUAUAUCCGAGCCAUUGGAGCCGAUGAUGGACCUGAGCCGGAUCUGGAACUCAACAACCCUCUUAGUUUGGCGGAGGACAGUCCCUGGCAACAGUUCUUUGUUGACUCGGAGCUCAAGAAGAUCAUCAAGCAGGAUGUCGAGCGAACUUUCCCAGACAACGACUACUUUCGAUCGGAAAAGGUUCAGGAUCAAUUGAACGACAUUUUGUUUAUCUAUUGCAAAAUCAACCACGACGUGUCCUAUCGCCAAGGAAUGCACGAGCUGUUGGCUCAUAUUCUUUGGGUUGUUUCCUCCGAGAGUCUUGAUACCCAAAGCAACCCAGAGGCAUCCUCGGAUGCGGCGCUGGAUGUGAUGAGGAGCGUACUUGACGCAAAGUUCAUUGAACAUGACACAUUUGCGCUCUUCCAGAGUCUCAUGAGUCGUGCGAAGCCAUGGUACGAAUUCAGCGACGAAGGAUUUGCGAGCAAACGACCCAGGCUUCCUAACAACGCGCACAGCGCCCAGCCAUUUGGAAAGUCAGACACGCCCGAGCCACCGCCAGGAAAGCAGACCCCUGUCAUUGAAUGGUCCAUGAGGAUCUUUCAUUAUUUGGAGAGAGUCGAUAAUGAGCUCUACCUGCACCUCAAGAGUUUGGAGAUCCAGCCUCAGCUGUUCGGAAUUCGUUGGUUCCGAUUGCUCUUUGGACGAGAGUUCCCCAUGGAAGAUGUUUUGAACCUGUGGGACGGGAUCUUCGCAAAGGAUCCAAGUCUGAACAUCUGUAUAUUUAUCGGACUUGCGUUGUUAUUGAGGAUCAGGGAUGAACGUGAGUAUAUCGACGAACUCUUGGACACCAUGCUGGAGGAGGAUUUCGCAGGCUGCUUGCACAAGUUGAUGCGGUACCCGUCGGUUAAAGAUGUGAAUCAAUUUAUUCCACAAGCUUUGCGUCUUCAAAAGAUGCCAAAUGCAGCGGGCGGACAGGAUGUCAUUCGACAGAACUACAUCCUUGCAGGAAAGCCUUUGCCGCCACUGCCACCAGUUCCCGACGCGGACCAGUACCACCAACAGCAGCAACAACAUCACCAGAACCCAUACCAGCAACAUCAACAAAACCGAGACGCCUCACCUUCACCUAUACCUCAGCAGCGGCGUCAACAGCAAGGAGGGCAUCAUCAGGAUCACCACAAGACUCAGUCUGGAAGUUUCCCUGGAAAUGGUGUUUUGAGUCAGCAUUUACCCCCGGCAGCGUUGGAUGCCAUCAAGCCUGUAGCUGAAGGAUUUGUUCAUGUGACAAAGAAUGUGUUGGAGAGCAAGGGAGGCGCGGCCCUGAACAAGGCAAUCCACGACAUGAAGAAAAAUACCCAAUCAUAUAUCCGGAAGGCUAAUGCACCACAUACAGCUUCGCCUCCUCCAAACUUUCCCCCGAUGUUUGAACAGGCUGUCUCAUCCGUCAGUCGACAGCCUGCCUUGACUCGUCAACACGCACCUCCUCCUCAUCAGCAGACAGCAAGGCAGCAACCUUACCAGGACAGUCACACUAACGCUGGAGGAGGGAGCAGCAACAAUACCGACAUUCAACUUCAGUCUCAGCUGGGGCAGAUUGUGGCUAAGGCUCUUGUGAUCUUGGAGUCUGAGUUCGUGUCACCAUCGACUGGAGAAGAAGUCACCAGGGAGUCGACGACGACGACUGCCAAUUCUUCAUCAAAGGAGAGCCCGGAUGUUGGAUCCGGUAAAUCGCCAUCCAAGGCGGCCCUUGCAGCGAUUUCUGGUCUCGAGCAUGUGCGUGAUAUCCUUUUGGGCUUUACCAAGGACCUGGACCCCCUCGUGAUCGAGACUGGCAUGCUGGACAAACCUGCCGUUGUGGCCUCUCCUGCUCCUGCUCCUGCGCCCAAGGCCCACAGUUCACCAAACACAUCAGCCCAGGCACCAGUGGAACGAACUCCGAUCAAUGCAGCAAGACAGGAUACCCUCCAGCCCAACAAUACCAGGAACAGCCCAUCGCGAUCUACAAGCGACAGUUCGAUUAUUGAGCGACAAGGUAUUUCACGGAACUCUAGCCAGGCGAGCGAUCUCAGCGGGCUCAGUAGUAGUGGCGAUCCACAGGAGUACCGGUUCAAUACUGGUGGCACUGGAUCGACACCUCUUCCGGUAGCAUCCAUGGCCGAGACGUAUAUGCCAGCCCCCGUGCCGCCUCCACCUGCGCCGAAGCCAUUCUCGUUUGAUGAUCUUCUUGGAGACUCGGCAAGCGAUACACCUACUUCUUCGUCCUCUUCUUCUGCAUCAAGAAAGGGGUCCCCGCCUAGUUCUCGCAGUAAGACAGGAACAGGAUUGGCAGGAUCAGGGUUGGCGAACAAAGUCAAGUCGCCCCGGUCUUCGUUGGCCAAUUCUCAGUUCAGCUGGAUGUUGAAUGAUUCGGGCGAUGAUGGGUUGUCACAACCGUCGGCAGCGAAAACUGGAGGGGCAGGAGCAGGAACAGGAACGGGAGGAGGAGGAGGAGGAGCUGCUCGUACGUCGAUGGACCUCUUCUCUCCGGGAUCGAGUCGGAUGAAAAUUGAUCCCUUGGCUGGGAGUGUAAGUCGAGGAGUGGGUAUUUUGGGAGGUGGUGGUAGUAGCGCAAGUACUGCGACGGGAGGCGGAGGAGGAGCACUCCAGGAUGAUGAUCCUCUCCGGACAUGA